AUGCCCAACCAAUGGAAACUUACACCACCUUUGGAUGUAAUUCGACCACACAUCCUUUGUCUUUGGAAGGCAUGUCAGACAGAUAAGCAAAUCAUUGCGGAACUGCAACAACACUUCGAUACAUCACAUUAUGGUCUUCGAUUCAGUGAGGACAUGGGCCUUCGAAGAAUGCGCCAGCAACAUCAUACCGUCGAGACCAUACGUGAGACUAUGACUGAUCUGCACAUGACUUAUCCCCAAGCUGGAACACGUGAAAUGUUGAUCAACACGAUAAGUGGCUUAGGUAUGGUCUCGGCCUCCAUACUGGCAUCAAGCCUGUUCUCAGGUAGGAUCAUGUGGAUGAGGGUUUGGCAUUCGAACCAGAACCCGCAGCUGAUCCUCAGCUACUACCUCGACACACUUGAUAUGCUUGGCUAUAUGCCCAUGGUGACUCAGAGCGACCCUGGGUCGGAAAAUUUUGGGAUUGCCAAUGCACAUACUAUGCUCCGCCAAUGGCAUGAUCCGGUGCUACAGGGUACUUUGCAGCAUCACUGGAUGCGAAAUAAGAAGAAUGUAAUGCCUGAGAUAACGUGGUCGCAAAUGCGACGCCGGUUCAUGCCAGGAUUCGAGUCGCUUUUGGACCAUGGAGUAACGUCAGGUUGGUACAAUAGCAAUAAUACUCUCCAAAUGAUGGUGUUUCGAUGUGUUUUUAUACCAUGGUUGCAGCGGGAGCUGGACACAUACCAGGACCGAGUGAAUAACAGCCAAAAGAGGCGAGACCGAAACAAGAUUCUCCCCCACGGUGUACCGAACCUCAUCUACCAGUCAGCCAACAACUUUGGUGCCCUGGACUUCAAAAUCACAGUUGAACAUGAGGCAUUAUAUCACGUAUGCAAUCUAUAUAUUGAUCGUUCUCAUGUUGUCUUCGACCUCGUGCCACAAUCAUUUGAGAAGCUUAUACAGCGCUGCUAUGAGGAACUGGGGCGCCCAUCGGUCACAAGGCAGUCUGCUUGGGAUGUGUACCUACAUUUACUUGACAUGCUGCAGGUCGAUGAGGAGAUACCGUCCACUAUUGAAGAUGUUGAAGAAGAUCUCCCACUUUUAGAGAACCACCAGGACUUGCCUUAUCAUGAGGAAGAUAAUGGUGCAUACUAUAUGGGUGGGGUGGGUGGUGGACUUGGCCUUGGUGACAAGCAUCUGCAUCAACUAGAGAGACUUGUGUGUGAUGAUGAGCCUGAAACUACGAGUAGCAUUGAUGAAGACGUUGGACUGGACCAUGAUGGUUUGGUCAUAUGGGAGUUUUCCGAGGACUCAGAUGGUGAUGCAGAUGCGAUGGACGAAUGGUGA